CAGCAACAUUUUCUCUGCUCUGAUCUUUCCCGGCCAAAAUCCUGCAAGCUCUCUUUACCCUAGUAAAUAGACAAACCAGCCUUUGUCUCUAUCAAAGAUGGCAACUUCACACAUAAAUGAAAGUGUUAUCUUGGACGAAGUUAUGAGUACACAUGAUCCAGAUGGCAAAGAAAAUUUUGAAAUUAAUGUUAUCUUCGAUUUGGUGAAGAGCAUUCUUUAUCCUAUCACGAUUGGAGAUAGCAUUGAUGAAGAUGAAGAUUCUGAUAAGGAAGACUCUAACAAGUCUGAUGAAGAAGAAGACUCAAACGGUGACGAGUCUGAUGAUGACAAAAUGUCUAAUGAUGAGAAGGAAUUUGACAGAGAGAGGCAAUAUGCUAAAGACAUGGAACUUCCCUUUCAGUUAAAACGGUUUUCCUUUGAGAUGUCAUUGAUGUGUUCAAAAAAUGUGGAUCCACAUUCGAUUGUAUUAUAUUUUCUGAACAUGUUGUCCACAUUUUCAUGGGAAGGCAAGAUAUUGAUUUUGCUGGCAUCUUUCUCCCUCUAUUUUGGAAAAUUCAGCCUUUUUCACAGUCACAAGGGAUUGUCAGGCAAAUUGGCAAUUCUCAAUGAGCGUGAAAGUCAACUUUUGCCAAUAGUUAAAGAUUUAAUCAAAUCAAUCUUACAUUUGACUGAGUAUAUUGCUGAGCUUGCAAAAUCAUCCUCUCAUAAUUCAUCACCAAUCAUACCGAUUGGUUGCUAUUGGAUCGUCACAAGUAUCCUUACUUAUGCAUCCUAUUUCACUUCUGGCCUUAUGCAUUCGGGGUGUUUUAUAGCCGAAGAAACACGACUUUCUAGUUUAACUGUCAAAAUCAAAGACGUAAUCUCUGAAUGCCACCCGAUACUAGAAGAAAAGAGAGAAGUGGAUUCUUAUAAUGCAUUAUGUCAUGCAUUCUUUGAUGAGAAUCCAAUCCCCUUCACUUCUAAUUUGGAUGUUUUGAAGUUAUUAUUCAAUGUCCAGAAAGGUGGGAAACAGAAACUCAUCAUAUAUGAUGGUGAUGAGCAAGAAAUGGUAGAAUUACGUUCGUUGGAGAAUAAGAGCUUGCUAUUAUUAAUAUCGUCAAAUCUUGACAUUGAGGAGUACUUGAUUAAGAUAUUUAAAUACUUUCAAAAUGAAACUAAGUUGCGUGUACUUUGGAUUCCCAUAUUAGACUAUCCUAUAUUAUGGGAUAUUAGACAUAUGAAAGUAGAGUAUAGAAGAUUAGUAAAUAAAGGAGAAUUACUUUCAGUGAGAAAUGUACAGAAAUUAGUAGCACCAAGCUUUGUGCGAUUUGUUAGAGAGAAAUUGUUCGAAAUAGGGGGAGGGGGUGAGCCUAUCAUUGUGUCACUGGAUCACCAAGGGAGGAUUGUUCACCAUAACGCAAUGCACAUGAUAUUGAUGAUAUUUAUAGAUAUUGUUCAAGGGAUUAAUACUGGAGUUGAGAUUGGAGAUAGUAUAAUUCCUUUGUUACAGAAUGUGUUGAAGGAUAGGACGUUGGCAAUCAGGAGUUUGGUGCCUGAAAUUGAUGGGAAAUUAAAAGAAAUUGCUGGUAAAAUGGAAAGACUAAUGCUUGAUGAGUUGGAUGAGAUGGAGAAGCGAAUACAAAAUCCGGUUUACAGCAACAUUUACACAAGUGAAAGGGAAACAGAUCUGUGGAAGUUAGAAAUUUGGUGCACUAAGCUUAUGAUGGGAGAGUACGAAGGAGUGAUCAAGUUGGUUAAUGAGAACAAGUAUAUUUUUUUGAUUGGAGGGAAUGACUUAAAAUGGGUUAAAGCAUUCGUUUCCAAGGUAAUGCAAGUUGUUUCUUUAAACCCACAACUGGCAAUUAUGAUCACCUACCUUGGUAGCAAUGUGAAAGUUGGAUCAACGAUUCUUCAAGACAACAUUUGUGAAGCACCGACCACAGCUGUGGGCUCAUGGUUUAUUUGGGCACGUCUUCGAAGCAUAUUCUUAUCAAGGAUCAGAUUUUUAAAUCAAACUUAUUGCGAUGAAGAUCAUGAUGAAAUUGUGGAAGGAUUAAAAAAGAUGCUAGCCUAUGAAGCUAAAGAUUCAGCAGUUGAGGGAUGGGCUAUGUUGUGCAAAGGUAACAAGAUAGUUGUAUGUGACUUGGGAGAUACAAUGUUGACAGUCAUGAAUGAAUAUGAGAAAUGGAAGGAGAGUGCAAUAGCCAAAGGCUUUGAUCAAGCGUUCAAAGAUCAUCAUGAGAUGCUUAGCCGUUCUAUUUAUGCUUCAAAACAUCAUCCUUGUUGUGCUCUUGACUACCCAUGUAAUUUUGACAAAGUUCCAGAGAUUGUAAAGUGUCCCCAGUGUUAUCACAAUAUGCAAAAAUUUGUCACUUUUAGGUGUCACCAUGACAUAGUUGAUGAUGUGGAUUCCGAUGAUGAGGAUUUUUAUUAAUUAGGAUAUACUAAGUUGAAAUUGACACUUAUUGUAUUUGCAUAUGUAUAUGAAAGUUAAACUUGUACAUUCAAUUCAAUUUCUUACAAUAUAUAUGUUAUGCU